AGAUCGUAUUGGAACUGAAAUUGAAAUACGACUAUCAAAACUGAUAUAGCGCCUAGUCCAGGAAGAGAAGACCGAGAAAUCGAUGGAGAAAAACGCGGAGACGGAAUUUACAAAAUCCGAGGAUCCGGAACGAAGAAUGGCGAAUCCGCGGGUAAAGAAAAUGCAGAAGAUAAGCCGACAGGGGGAAGAAAAAUGGGCGGAGCACAAAAGAAACGGGAACGGGAAACUCGCCCUCGAAGAAACUACGAAAGCGAGCAAACUUGCGAACGAUGAAUCGAUCACGCUCGAGCCUCCGAGGACGAAACGACGUCCGCUCGCGAGUCGAAAUGGUACAGGCGAAAAGAACGUGACGUCAUCAUCUCAAUCAAAUUCGAAAGUACCAUCGUAUAAAAAAAAUACUCGACGGAAUACAAACGUGAAAUACGAGGAAUUGAACGAAGCACCCACAAUAAGUCAUCGACGAUUCAAGGAUUAUCAGAUAAGCAGCAUAAUAGAAGAACUGGUCGAUCAAGAGAGCGACGCGGAGCACGAAGAAACCGAACGUGAGAAAAAAGAUCGCGAUCUUUCCAUAAAUUCGCAGUCGGAAGAGUCCUCGCGACAAAAGAAGAACGAAGCAAACGCGCGUAGGAAUCUCGCGAAAUCUGACGAGAUUUUAAGUCGCUCAAAUGCGACGAAAGAAGAUUCGACAGAUAGUUCGUCAAUUGACAAAGAGAAAGACAACGGUGAGGGGGAUGAGAAUGAUACAACGACGGAUUUGUUGACGCAAAAAAGUGAGGAAGACAAGGACGACACGGAAGAGGAGAGGGACGUGUCGAGAAAAUCGCAGAAUCACGAAGAAUCGAUUCAGUCUGACGGAUCGGACAUGAGCGUCGAGUCGCCGCCUGUGGAAUUUCUAAGGGACGUGUCUUCUCGGGCGCCGAAAAAUAAGAAGCGCACCACCGCAAAGACCAGGGAUCGUCUGUUCACUCGUCGCGGUCUCGCAUCUUCGCAAAAUUCCAAAAGAGACGCGUCGACGAAGCGCGCGAAGCCGAGCAGAGGAUCUUCCGACGAUCUGGUCGAGAAACUGAAGAGAAACAUCGCGAGCACUUUGUUCGAAAAAACCCGGCAAGGUCCUUACAAUUUCGGAUACGAGAAGUUCGACGCCUGGAGCAACUUCCCCCCUCCCAGCGAAGAGUAUCUCAAAAAAUUGAGAUUCCUGAUGCACGUUUUGCGAUCGUCGAACGACGACACACCGAUUAAAUGUCACACGCGACUUCCAUUUCGCAUUUAAAAACUGUUUCCUCGUCUAUUAAUUUCGCGUUUCUAUUUUCCAAUUUGAAAUCGAUACCUCGAUAUUUCAUCGCGUCGAUUAUAUUUUUGUUUU